UGGUUCCGGCCCUUGAGGCAGCACAGAGGCCCCUUACAUAGGCAGCAGCAGUAUGAGUGAGGGCGAGGGCCAGUUCUACAGUGUGCAGGUGGGAGACUCCACCUUCACUGUGCUGAAGCGCUACCAGGAGCUCAGGGCCAUCGGCUCCGGGGCACAGGGCAUCGUCUGGUAAGACAACCAUGAUGUAGACGUGCAAUAUGCCCUCUAAUAGGCUAAGUGGAAGUUUCACCAUAUUGUUUAUACCAAUUUAAAUCCUCUCAUAUCUCCACAAGUGCAUUCCAUUUGGGAUUGGGCCAUAGGUUGGGAAGUCCUAGAACUAGGCUAGCUACUGUUUACUGUUCUCUAUUCUACAGGAAUGAAAGCCUUGAUCUAUCAUGAGUCAUGGCACAUAUUUUACGCUCCCUGUCUUUCCAUCCUCCCUUUACCUCCACCUCUCUCUCUUCCCUUUUCACCCUUCUCCCCCCCCCCCCCCCCCCCCACCCUCUCUCCAGCUCUGCUCUGGACUCUGUGUUAGCUAUUCCCGUGGCAGUAAAGAAGCUGUGUCGGCCAUUCCAGAACCAGACUCAUGCCAAGCGGGCCUACAGGGAACUGGUGCUGCUCAAAUGUGUCAACCACAAAAACGUAUGGCACACUAUAACAAGCUACUGUUUGAAUGCCCUCUGCCCUGUCUAUUGAGCUGAUUGUCUAUUUUAAGCUGACACAUGCCAUAUGUUGCAAAAAUAAUUACCUAAUAGAUACAAUAAAGUAAUCAUCAGUAAUACCUUGAUAUUACGUUUCAUUACCUGUUUUAUAUCCAAUAUUCUAUUAAUAAUAUAUAAUCUAUUCAGAUGAUGAGUGGUGUCUCUCUGUCUGCCUGUCCUCAGAUUAUCAGGCUGAUCAAUGUGUUCACGCCUCAGAAGUCACUGGAGGAGUUUCAGGACCUGUAAGUCUUCUUGUACCCGUGAUCUUCUUUCUUUUAUCGUUGAGUAGUCCUUUGCUACAUUCCAAUGCACAUUCUACGUGUAGUAUACGAGUGUGGACAUUGAAACAGAGCCCUAGUCUUCAACUACAAUCCAGAUUGAUACAGUAGUACCCAUAGGUUUGCUGAUAGACGUUCUCGCCAAUCUUCUAAUACUCAAUCUCUGCUUGUUCUAAUAUACACUACCGGUCAAAAGUUUUAGAACACCUACUCAUCCAAGGGUUUUUCUUUAUUUUUACCUUUUUCUACGUUGUAGAAUAAUAGUGAAGACAUCAAAACUGUGAAAUAACACAUAUUGAAUCAUGUAGUAACCAAAAAAGUGUUAAACAAAUCAAAAUAUAUUUUAUAUUUGAGAUUCUUCAGAGUAGCCACCCUUUGCCUUAAUGACAGCUUUGCCCAGAGUUACCUCUGCUGCAGAGGAUAAGUUGAUUAGAGUUACCAGCCUCAGAAAUUGCAGCCCAAAUAAAUGCUUCACAGAGUUCAAGUAACAGACACAUCUCAACAUCAACUGUUCAGAGGAGACUGCGUGCAUCAGGCCUUCAUGGUCGAAUUGCUGCAAAGAAACCACUGCUAAAGGACACCAAUAAGAAGAAGAGACUUGCUUGGGCCAAGAAACACGAGCAAUGGACAUUAGACCGGUGGAAAUGUGUCCUUUGGUCUGGAGUCCAAAUUGGAGAUUGUUGGUUCCAACCGCCGUGACAUUGUGAGACGUGGUGUGGGUGAACAGAUCUCUGCAUGUGUAUUUCCCACCGUAAAGCAUGGAGGAGGAGGUGUUAUGGUGUGGGGUUGCUUUGCUGGUGACACUGUGAUUUAUUUAAAAUUCAGGGCGCACUUAACCAUUAUGGCUACCACAGCAUUCUGCAGCGAUACGCCAUCUCAUCUGGUUUGGCUUAGUGGGACUAUCAUUUGUUUUUCAACAGGACAAUGACCCAACACACCUCCAGGCUGUGUAAGGGCUAUUUUACCUAGAAGGAGAGUGAUGGAGCGCUGCAUCAGAUGACCUGGCCUCCACAAUCCCCCGACCUCAACCAAAUUAAGAUGGUUUGGGUUGAGUCGGACCGCAGAGUGAAGGAAAAGCAGCCAACAAGUGCUCAGCAUACAGUUGAAAUCUGAAGUUUACAUACAAUUAGGUUGGAGUCAUUUAAAACUAGUUUUUCAACCACUCCACAAAUGUAUUGUUAACAAACUAUAGUUUUUGCAAGUCGGUUAGGACAUCUACUUUGUGCAUGACACAAGUAUUUUUUCCAACAAUUUUUUAUUUCACUUAUAAUUCACUGUAUCACAAUUCCAGUGGGUCAGAAGUUUACUAAGUUGACUGUGCCUUUUAAACAGCUUGGAAAAUUCCAGAAAAUGAUGUCAUGGCUUUAGAAGCUUCUGAUAGGCUAAUUGACAUAAUUUGAGUCAAUUGGAGAUGUACAGUGGGGGGAAAAAGUAUUUAGUCAGCCACCAAUUGUGCAAGUUCACCCACUUAAAAAGAUGAGAGGCCUGUAAUUUUCAUCAUAGGUACACGUCAACUAUGACAGACAAAAUGAGGAAAAAAAAUCCAGAGAAUCACAUUGUAGGAUUUUUUAUGAAUUUAUUUGCAAAUUAUGGUGGAAAAUAAGUAUUUGGUCAAUAACAAAAGUUUCUCAAUACUUUGUUAUAUACCCUUUGUUGGCAAUGACACAGGUCAAACAUUUUCUGUAAGUCUUCAAGGUUUUCACACACUGUUGCUGGUAUUUUGGCCCAUUCCUCCAUGCAGAUCUCCUCUAGAGCAGUUAUGUUUUGGGGCUGUCGCUGGGCAACACGGACUUUCAACUCCCUCCAAAGAUUUUCUAUGGGGUUGAGAUCUGGAGACUGGCUAGGCCACUCCAGGACCUUGAAAUGCUUCUUACGAAGCCACUCCUUCGUUGCCCGGGCGGUGUGUUUGGGAUCAUUGUCAUGCUGAAAGACCCAGCCACGUUUCAUCUUCAAUGCCCUUGCUGAUGGAAGGAGGUUUUCACUCAAAAUCUCACGAUACAUGGCCCCAUUCAUUCUUUCCUUUACACGGAUCAGUCAUCCUGGUCCCUUUGCAGAAAAACAGCCCCAAAGCAUGAUGUUUCCACCCCCAUGCUUCACAGUAGGUAUGGUGUUCUUUGGAUGCAACUCAGCAUUCUUUGUCCUCCAAACACGACGAGUUGAGUUUUUACUAAAAAGUUCUAUUUUGGUUUCAUCUGACCAUAUGACAUUCUCCCAAUCCUCUUCUGGAUCAUCCAAAUGCACUCUAGCAAACUUCAGACGGGCCUGGACAUGUACUGGCUUAAGCAGGGGGACACGUCUGGCACUGCAGGAUUUGAGUCCCUAGCAGCGUAGUGUGGUACUGAUGGUAGGCUUUGUUACUUUGGUCCCAGCUCUCUGCAGGUCAUUCACUAGGUCCCCCUGUGUGGUUCUGGGAUUUUUGCUCACCGUUCUUGUGAUCAUUUUGACCCCACAGGGUGAGACCUUGCGUGGAGCCCCAGAUCGAGGGAGAUUAUCAGUGGUCUUGUAUGUCUUCCAUUUCCUAAUAAUUGCUCCCACAGUUGAUUUCUUCAAACCAAGCUGCUUACCUAUUGCAGAUUCAGUCUUCCCAGCCUGGUGCAGAUCUACAAUUUUGUUUCUGGUGUCCUUUGACAGCUCUUUGGUCUUGGCCAUAGUGGAGUUUGGAGUGUGACUGUUUGAGGUUGUGGACAGGUGUCUUUUAUACUGAUAACAAGUUCAAACAGGUGCCAUUAAUACAGGUAACGAGUGGAGGACAGAGGAGCCUCUUAAAGAAGAAGUUACAGGUCUGUGAGAGCCAGAAAUCUUGCUUGUUUGUAGGUGACCAAAUACUUAUUUUCCACCAUAAUUUGCAAAUAAAUUCAUUAAAAAUGCUACAAUGUGAUUUUCUGGAUUUUUAUUUAUCAAUUUGUCUGUCAUAGUUGACGUGUACCUAUGAUGAAAAUUACAGGCCUCUCAUCUUUUUAAGUGGGAGAACUUGCACAAUUGGUGGCUGACUAAAUACUUUUUUUCCCCACUGUGCCUGUGGAUGUAUUUCAAGGCCUACCUUCAAACUCAGUGCCUCUUUGCAUGACAUCAUGGGAAAAAAUUGUAGACGUCCACAAGUCUGGUUCAUCCUUGGGAGCAAUUUCCAAACGCCUGAAGGUACCACGUUCAUCUGUACAAACAAUAGUACGCAAGUAUAAACACCAUGGGAGCCACCACCACGCAGCCGUCAUACCGCUCAGGAAGGAGACGAGUUCUGUCUCCUAGAGAUGAACGUACUUUGGUGCGAAAAGUGCAAAUCAAUCCCAGAACAACAGCAAAGGACCUUGUGAAGAUGCUGGAGGAAACCGGUACAAAAGUAUCUAUAUACACAGUAAAACGAGUCCUAUAUCGACAUAACCUGAAAGGCCGCUCAGCAAGGAAGAAGCCACUGCUCCAAAACCGCCAUAAAAAAGCCAGACUACGGUUUGCAACUGCACAUGGGGACAAAGAUCGUACUUUUUGGAGAAAUGUCCUCUGGUCUGAUGAAACAAAAAUAGAACUGUUUGGCCAUAAUGACCAUCGUUAUGUUUGGAGGAAAAAGGGGGUUGCUUGCAAGCCGAAGAACACCAUCCCAACCGUGAAGCACGGGGGUGGCAGCAUCAUGCUGUGGUGGUGCUUUGCUUUAGGAGGGACUGGUGCACUUCACAAAAUAGAUGGCAUCAUGAGGCAGGAAAAUGAUGUGGAUAUAUUGAAGCAACAUCUGAAGACAUCAGUCAGGAAGUUAAACCUUGGUCGAAAAUGGGUCUUCCAAAUGGACCCCAAGCAUACUUCCAAAGUUGUGGCAAAAUGGCUUAAGGACAACAAAGUCAAGGUAUUGGAGUGGCCAUCACAAAGCCCUGACCUCAAUCCUAUAAAAAAUUUGUGGGCAGAACUGAAAAAGCAUGUGCGAGCAAGGAGGCCUACAAACCUGACUCAGUUACACCGGCUCUGUCAGUAGGAAUGGGCCAAAAUUCACCCGACUUAUUGUGGGAAGCUUGUGGAAGGCUAAACAAUUUAAAGGCAAUGCUACCAAAUACUAAUUGAGUGUAUGUAAACUUCUGACCCACUGGGAAUGUAAUGAAAGAAAUAAAAGGUGAAAUAAAUCAUUCUCUCUACUAUUAUUCUGACAGUUCACAUUCUUAAAAUAAAGUGGUGAUCCUAACUAAUCAAAUGUCAGGAAAGCAUUCCAGGUGAAGCUAGUUGAGAGAAUGCCAGGAGUGUGCAAAGCUGUCAAGGCAAAGGGUGGCUAUAAAAUAUAUUUUGGUUUGUUUUAACACUUUUUGGGUUACUACAUGAUUCCAUAUGUGUUAUUUCAUAGUUUUGAUGUCUUCAUUAUUAUUCUACAAUGUAGAAAAUAGUAAAAAUAAAGAAACCCUUGAAUGAAUAGGUGUUUUAAAACUUUUAACAGGUAGUGCAUGUCCUCCUCUUCUCCUUCCCUCUCCCCGUCUCUGUGCCAGCUACCUAGUGAUGGAGCUAAUGGAUGCCAGUCUGUGCCAGGUGAUCCACAUGGACCUGGACCAUGAGAGGAUGUCCUACCUGCUUUACCAGAUCCUCUGUGGCAUCAGACACCUGCACUCCGCUGGCAUCAUCCACAGGGUGAGGAGCACACACACCUGCGCACUCUCACACACUUGCAUGAAUGCAUCACACACACAUACACACCAGCAUACACACUUUGACUAAAUACGCUCUAUCCCUCUCUCUCUCACUAUAGGACCUGAAGCCCAGUAACAUAGUGGUGAAGUCAGACUGUACUCUCAAGAUCCUGGACUUUGGAUUGGCCAGAACGGCCUGCACCAACUUCAUGAUGACCCCUUAUGUGGUGACCAGGUACUACAGGGCCCCAGAGGUCAUCCUGGGCAUGAAGUACAAGGAGAACGGUAAGAGGGAACAAGGCUAUUUCCCCUGUAGUGCAUUCCCCUUGACCCUAUGGCUCUGGUUAAAAGUAGUGAACUUAGGAAAUAGUGUCGUUUAGGACACAGCCUAGUAUACAGUAUGUCUCUGUAUCUGCAUGCUACUAAUCUGACUAACCCACUAACACGUCCUGGGUCUUGUGUGUAUUGUGUACCACUGAACAGAGAUGUCCCAUUCCAAAAGGUGCAUAUCUGUUAGAGUAGGUUAGAGUGAUUGGAAUUCCUCACAGCGCUGUCAGUAGCCACAAAGAACAACCUGGUUACAACCUGCAAUAACAAAUUGCAGAAGAAUUUCAAAAGGAGGUUGGUUUUAAAAUGGAGUGCUGUUGGUCAUGUUUGGUGUGUCCAAGGACCUUGAAGGGUUGGAUGAAUAUUUUUAUUGAUCAUAGUUAUUGAUUCUACUAAACUAUCAUGGUGGCUGAUCAAGGUUCGAGAACAGUGACUGAUCAUGCUUUUCUGAUCAUACCGAUUUGAUCAUGUUCAUCGAUCACAUGUAUUGAUCAUGUUUAUAUUGAUGGUUGUUGAAUGUUGAUGGUUCUGUGCUGCUCUGCAGUUGACCUGUGGUCUGUUGGCUGCAUCAUGGCUGAGAUGAUUGCACACAAAAUCCUCUUCCCUGGAAAAGACUGUAUCCUUUUCGUGUGUGUAUGAGAGAGCGUGCGCUCCACUUAUGACAUAUCACUCUGAUAGAAUUUGUAUGUAGCAGUGUUACAUACUGAAUGGUAUUCCAUUUAUCUUUUUGUUUAUUAUCAAACCUACUUCCUGUGUAGGAAGUAAAGGCACAUUUUUCCAGUGCAUUAGAAGUUUCCAAUUGACCUUAUCAGAGAAAAUACCUCUAAGUCAUCAUAGGGCUGAAAUACAGGAAAGGGGGGAGGAGUAGAAGACCAUUUGUUAAAAGCACAUAGUCCAAAGCAAAUACUACCCACGCACUGACCACAUCACAUCCUAUGAUCCUAUUUUACCAGCUACACACACGUUAGCCGGAAAUAGCUGGCAUUUGGCCAUUUUUUGUUUCAAAACAAAUUCAGCUGGUAAGCAAAAUUGGCGGCAGCCUAUUGUCUGGGAGAAAAUAAAAAUCCCAUUGCGAAAUAAUGUUUUUUUCGACUAUUCGCAGUGGUGGAAAAGGACCCAAUUGUCAUACUUGAGUAAAAGUAAAGAUACCUUUUUAAUAGAAAAUUACUCAAGUGAAAGUCACCCAGUAAAAUACUACUUGAGUAAAAGUCUAAAAGUAUUUGGUUUUAAAUAUACUUAAGUAUCAAAAGUAAAAGUAUAAAUAAUUUCACAUUACUUAUAUUAAGCAAACCAGACGGCACCAUUUUUUAUUUUUAUUUACGGAUAGCCAGGGGCACACUCCAACACUCAGACAUCAUUUACAAACGAAGCAUUUGUGUUUAGUGAGUCUGCCAGAUAAGAUGCAGUAGGGAUGACCAGGGAUGUUCUCUUGGUGUGUGUGAAUUGGACCAUUUUCCUGUCCUGCUAAGCAUUCAAAAUGUAACCAGUACUUUUGGGUGCUAAGGAAAAUUUAUGGAGUAAAAAGUACAUUAUUUUCUUUAGUAAUGAAGUGAAGUAAAAGUAAAAGUUGUCAAAAUAUAAAUAGUUAAGUACAGAUACCCCCAAAAAACUACUUAAGUAGUACUUUAAAGUAUUUUUACUUAAGUACUUUACGCCACUGCCUAUUCGUUGACGUAAAUACAUUUGACAAGUCAUGCUUAUCGGUCUAUGGGUUAAUUUGCAUAAUUUAGAGGAAUUAAAUUGGCGACUGUGUAUGUUCGUUAUGUAUCUUAUUUAUUACACGUGACAGAUACAGAGCCUUUGAGCGGAAAAUCUGUCAGACAGCGUUUUUAUAAGCCCAAUCAUUGCGCAACAAUUCUAAAUGCAAUCAUGUGUUAAAAAUAGUUUUGUGGCCACGAUUAAAAAUAGCUAUUUUUAUUUCUCAACUGGUAAUUGAAGCGCGCUUCCCAUUCACCAUUCAAAUGCAUCGGCAACAGAAGGCAGGCUUCAUCAGCGCGUCACACACCACUUUGCAAUGAGCUGGAAGCAGUAUGCAUUUUGAAAACAUUGCUACUUAAUUGUUUGAAACCUGAACGUUUUACUACAUAUUAUGAGGCAUGUUUUACCUUGCUUCAAAGUAGCCCAGGCAUAUGCCAUUGAAACCAGAAGCCUAUUUCUCUCAUGUUCUAUUGGUUUUAUAUUUUCUUUCAUUGUCCAGAGCCAAAUGCACAUUUGCGCGUAGCCUUGUGCACGUUACUGCGCUAAUUAUGUGAAGAAAUAAUACUUUACAUUUUAAGCUAAACGUUCUUAUCUGUUGCAUCAGAUUCAUUGCUUUAAAAAAAUAUAUUUGUAGCCUAGGCCUACUUGUUGAAUGAAUUUGGGAUCUAUUGUCCCACAACUGUCCCAGGUUCUGUUUGGGCUAUUUAUUUCUCGACAAGCUGACCAAUUGAAUAGUUCAACUUAUCUACUAUGGGGAACAGUAGAUUGACAUAGGCUCAUAGGCGGCGCAUCCAUAAGGCUAGGGGAAGCUGUCACUUAAAUUGCCCAAAUUAUAUAGCCUAAUUAGCCUACUCCUGUCUAUACAGAAAUACAUGCCCAGCCAGGCAUAUCGCAAUAUUUCAAAAUUCAAUCGUGAGAAAACAUAGUUUGGAAAGCAAAUAGCUAUUGCUGUAAAGACAAGACAAUGAAAAUCUGUCUUUUAGUAACCAAAUUCUCAACUUAAUUGAGCGAACAACAGUAGGCCUAUGGCCUAUCUUAUUAGCACUAGCGGAGAGUGCACUUAUUCACUCAUUAUUCACUCUUUAUCAUUGUUCGGUCAGUGCCACUUAAAAGUUCAUUUUUGGACAGUAAUUUCCUCCUCCAGUUUAGAUGGAUGUCAUAUUCUACUUGUGUCUCCCCUUCUCGUAGGCCUAUUAUAUGGACAACGUUGUUUUAUUGAUCCAUUUGUCAGUGUCAGCAGAGUAGGCUACCCUGUAAUUUGUCAUAUAUAAAAAGAUUCUGCUAGUGUCUCCAGUCAUAUGAAGUGUAGUAGAAUUGCAUGAAAUUUGUUUUUACCAUGCAAAGAAAGAAGAAAUGUAGCCUAUAGGCCAGGUCUCUACGAUAUGCAUUGAAUGGUAUUUUUUGCGAAAAGUGACUGCCUUAUAUUAUUAGCCUAAUUUAUGACUAUCCAAUCUAUUAAUCACAUUAUGCAUAGUAGGCUAUCUUUAAAUAUGUCUGCAAAUGCGAUGAUGCAUGCAAUGCCUUAUUAUAAAGGUGCAUUUUUAUGGUGAAAAUGUGCUUUCCCAAACUUGAAACUCAUGCAUAGGCUAGUGAUUUUGCUGUUCGUUACUUGUUUUGUUGGCUGAGGGAAAAGUAAAUGUGGACAGUUAUUCUAACAUCUUCAAAGUGCACGGUAAGGACACACGUGAUUGCAUCCUCGACUUGCAUGUUCUGUUAAGAUUCAUUACCGUAAUCUAAAUGAUGCCCUAAUCAGGUUACGCACUCAAUGCGUAUUGGUCUGGUACAUUUCUCAAAUGUCCGGUAAAUUAAACUGCUGCAGGUCAAUUGUCCUGUGCCACGUUUUUGUAAUGGAAACCCUGGUACACACACACACAGAAACAGAAACAGCUGUGUAAACUGAUAAGCAGUGCUCCUAAGCAUGGGAGAGGAGUAAGUUAGUUAGCCUGUCCUUCCCAUCCUAAUGAGAGAGAGCUCUCUGGAUGGAAACAGCCUGGAGUAUGUCACUAAUCCUGCAUUUGAAGCAUUUCAUAACUCUAAAGCAUUAUUCUGCCUUUAACGUAUCAUAAUUUAACCACUUUGCCAUCUGUCUGUCUAUGAUUUUGAUGAUUUGUGUUAUAAAGACAACCAACCAUAUGUUUGAACCGUGUGUGUUCAUGUUUGUUUUCGUUUUCUUCAUGUUCCCAGUGGACAUCUGGUCAGUGGGGUGCAUCAUGGGAGAAAUGGUGAAGGGCAACGUUAUCUUCCAGGGCACCGACCGUAUCCUUCAUCCACCUCUCUCCCACGCUCUCUCUCUUUUUCAAUAUCUCACUCCUCUUCAUCCCUUUCCUCAUCCCUCUAUCUCCACUCCUUUCUGACACUUGAUUCUUCCAUUGUCUCCAUAAGUAUUUAUACUUUGGCAUGCUGUUUGGUUAGAUCCACAUGGAGGAUUGAGACCAAUUUGAGUUUUUCCUCAACCUUCAGUAAAUGUCACCUCCAUUGAUAAUGAAAAAAGAACUGGGAUGAUUAGCAUUUCUACUGGCUGCCUGUUUCACUUUUUCUAAUGGGCAUGGGCCCUUUCUCCCUGUCUCUCUCUCUCUGUCAGACUGUAUUUUCUUCACAAAUUUUUUGUUGAUGUAAUACACACACACCCAUGUUCUCCUUAACGGUGGUGCCUGUGCAGACAUAGACCAGUGGAACAAGGUGAUUGAGGUGCUGGGUACUCCCUCCAUGGAGUUUAUGAACCGGCUGAUGGAGACUGUGAGGAACUAUGUGAUGAACAAGCCUCAGUACCCAGGAGUCAACUUUGCUGAACUAUUUCCUGACUGGGCCUUCCCCUCCGACUCUGAACACGACAAACUCAAGAGUAAGACAUCUCCCAUCUGACCUCGUAUCUGUAGUCAUUUGUCUUUUCACUUACUGCACAGCUGAGUUCUUAGUUCUUGGUCCUGGAGGGCUCUAGUAUUGCAGGCUUUUGCUCCAGCCCAUCACUGAGACACCAGUUUCAGCUGACCAAGGCAUUAGUGAUGAAUGGAUACGCUGAAAUGGGUGUAUUAGUGCUGGGCUGGAACAAAAUCUCGCUCACAUUGUAGCCCUCCAAGAGCAGGAGUGAAGAACACUAUCCAGCAAUAGGUGUGUUGGUGUAUCAAAUAUAUCUAGUUAAAAGCUGGAUCAGUAAUCUUAUCUAACACCUUGUGUGGGCUUCAGCGGUCGCAUAGAGACCACAGAUCUAUCUUAAUGAAAUGAUGUCAAGAUAGUCUUGGUUGCUGUAGUAACAGUGCAGUGACGGUGCUGUUUUCUCGUUUCCAUGACAGCGGGUCAAGCUCGGGACCUGCUGUCCAAAAUGCUGGUGAUCGAUCCCGAGAGCCGCAUCUCUGUGGAAGAGGCCCUGAAUCACCCGUAUAUCCAUGUGUGGUACGACCCAGGAGAGGCAGACGCAGUGAGUGGACUGUUCUACAUUUUUGAGAGGAUGCAUAUAAAGGGGAAUACAUUUGUUUGGUCUAAUAUGUGUGUCACUGUGUUGUGUUGUUGUCUAUGUUGUAUCUAAUAGCCUCCCCCACAGAUCUGUGACAAGCAGCUAGAGGAGAGAGAACACAGCAUCGAACAGUGGAAAGGUAGGAGGUGGCUCCCUCUAGGGACAGCACUAUCACCUGUUCUGAUACAGUACAUUACCACACACACACACACACACACACACACACACACACACACACACACCGUGUAGAUGACUGUACAGGGAUGAAACAAAUCACUCUUUCUCCUCAGAGCUCAUCUAUGAAGAAUUGAUAGACUGGGAGGAGAGGAACAAGAAUGGAGUGAUGAAAGAAGAGUCAGGUAACUCUUUACACACUACACAGAUACAAGAUCAUAUCUUAAUGUGUGGGUUGUACUAUAUAACAAGUCCUCUAGGUCUGUUGUGACUGUGUGUCUGUGACACGGUGGUGAAUGUUAGUGGACCGGGCCCCAGGGUUGGGGUUAAUUCCACAAAUUCAUUUGUAAUUCAAAUUCCAGGUCAGUCUUUGAAUUCAGAGAUCAUUCAAUUCUAAUGUUAUGUAAAUUCUAAGAAUGAAAUUCCCAAUUCAAUAUUAUCCCCAAUUAUUCCACAAAUUCCAAUUAGAAUUCAAAUCCCUCAGGCUUUCAGGCUGAUCAUGUCACUGUUCAGACAGCCUAGCUAUAAUGGAAAUAUAGAAAUACAAGUUGAAAUGUUUUAAAACAAAUCCUGCAGUCCAUUUUUGAUACUAAGUGCAUUGAUUCCAUUAACUGGGAAACAUACCAAUAUUGAAUUCCAAUUCAAUUCCAAAGAUUACAUUUUUCAAACAGUCUAAUUCCAAUUAAAUUCCAUUACUUGAAAGUUGUUGAAAUUCAAAUUGAAUUCAAUGUAUAUUCUCCAAUUCAUCAGUGUGUUCAAGAAUUGAAUUGAAAUUUCAAAUGAAAUUGGAUUCAACCCCAACCCUGGUGGAACCUUCCUGGUAUUAGGGAUGGGCAUGGUUAUUCGCAUAUUCUAAUAUUCAAACGGACAUUAGUAUUCAAACACUUGUGAGUAUUCAUUUUUGGAUACUUUUUUGGGCCUAUUUUAACAAUGAGAAAGCAUUGUUUCAAUUAAAUUGUCCAUGUUAAAUUGUUACACACAAGGAUAAACCAUGACAUUUGAAAUUCUUAAAUAAAAUUACAAACUUUAAAAUGUAGUGUUUAUGUACAUGCAUUGAGCUACUGCUGCUUCACAUGGUUUUGAAAGUAAAUAGUUUACAGUUGCGAACGGUAUAUGAAGCCUACAGUUCUGAGGACGCACAAAAUGAUUUGUUUUAAUUCAAAGCACAUUUUCUCUCACAUGGGUUAUGGGUUGCGUUUACAUUCAAAAGCAUUUUACUAUCAUAGCGCAUUUAGCCCUCUGGUUGGCGCUGGUAUGCUAUUUUCCUCACUUCAAAUAGCAGUUAGCCUAUCGGCGCGCACCAACGGAGGGUCCACAAGACCUGACACAGAUCAAUGGAAAACCCUCACCAGAAAACUUUUUUUGAAACAGAAUCAGUUCUAUUAUGGUGAACAUCAGACUUCUCUUUCACUGUUGCUGUUAGCAGGCUACUGUUAGCCAAAAAUACUGGAGAAUAGCACCCUGAAAACAACUGCGCACUCUCUGCUGUUGUGGCAUUUUGUGUCAUUCUGAUUGGUCAAGAGAGUCAAGCUUAUUUUAAAAAAAAAAAGUAAUUGGCUAAUGAUAUUAUUUGAAUAGUGAUAAUAAUAAAAAAUCCAUCCCUACCUGGUAUAUACAGUAGACACCAACCGGUCGAUCGCGAAGUCAGCGUGCAUGCGCCCGGCCCGCCACAAGAAGUCGCUAGAGAACGAUGGGACAAGGACAUCCCUGCUGGCCUAACCUGGGCGACGCUGGGCCAAUUGUGCACCGCCUCAUGGGUCUCCCGGUCGUGGCCGGCUGCGGCACUCAGGAGGCCCCUACUGACGUCAUGAUUUGACCUAGUUUUUUCCCCCUGAGUUCCCAGUUGUCUUGAAAGCACCAUGACCAGCAGAUGCAGGUACAUAAGUCCAGUAAAAUAAAAAAAAAGCAAAUUAUUAGCAAAUUAUUUCAAUUUAUGCUCAGCUGUGCCUCACAAGUGCUACACCAACUGAUCUAUUUUAUUACCAAAGCUUGAGUUUUGAAAUAUAAUAUGGUCUGAGAAGAACAAUAUUGGCAGGCAUUUAGCCAAUAUGCUGUGAUAAUGUAUUAGGCCUACUGUACAAAUCUCAUUCUUACAGUUUUUAUUAGGUUAAUGUUACUUUUUUUUUACGUCAUGUUAUUUUUAUUUUUUUCUGACCGGUAGAUCUCGGCUUGCGUUUUUACUGCGAAAGUGAUCUUGACUCAGAAUAGGUUGGUGACCACUGUAUUAGGCAUACUCUAUAGACCCUAUAUAUUCUCUCUCUGUCUGUGUGAUAGAUGCAGUGAGGGGGUUGGCCUCCCAGUCGUCCUCGGCCAAUGACAUCUCGUCCAUGUCGACAGAGCAAACCCUGGCCUCCGACACUGACAGCAGCAGUAUCGACACACUCACUGGACCCCUGGACGAGAGCCAA